GCGAUCUCUCUUACUUCAUUCACAAACAUUUGUCCACUCAGACAGCAGAAUUUCAGCUUCAAGACGUUUUUCCCCGUGCAUUGAUUCAGUUCAGUUCUACAUCUACAUCUACAUCUUAGUUUUUCAGCAAUCUUUGAGUGUCGAUUUCUGAUACCAUGGCCAGCAACCAGUACAACAAGGGAUACGACGCCACUGCCCAGAAGACCGAGGAAGCGAAGAGGACGAUGGCUGACACGGCCGACCGCACCAAGCAAUCUGCAGCCGAGACCGCAGACAAGACCAAGCAAGUCGGAGCUGAGAAAUCCGAGCAAGCUCAGAACACUGCCUCGAACAUCGCCGGAACGGUGCAAGAGAAGGCUCAAAACGCUUGGGACCAGACGAAGCAAGCUGCUGCAAACACCAACCAGUACGUCCAGGAGAAGGCUGGUCAAGCUACUCAAUAUGGAGCAGACACUUUGGAGUCGGCCAAGCAGACCACCGCCGAUUCUGCGUCUACUGCACAGAAGAAAGCCGUAGAGGCGAAAGACUUCACCGUCGACAAGGCAGGACAGGGUAAGGAUGUCGCAUCUGACAGAGCAGGAAAGGCAGGACAGUACUCGGCCGACUCUGCAGCAUCGACCAAGGAUACCACUGGAAGCUACUUACAAGGAGGUGUCGAUGCUGUCAAAGGAGCCGUCCUCGGUGCCAAGGAUGCACUUUUUGGCCAGAGUGGUGCCAGCAAGUAAGCAGGGGAUGAAGAAGAGUACAGUUAAAAUGUUGAUAGCUAGUCCGGAAUGUACAUAUUGAAUCCCAGUGUGUGCAGUGCACAUGAUUUUUUGAGGGAAAUUCUU